AUGGCUGAGACGGUUCAAGAAGGUUCAAUCUUAUAUAAAACGACGCCGUCGCGGAGCCAUGCAGCAGGGUGCACAAAACGACACCGUCGAGUCACCUGGGGUGUCGUUUUAUUCGGGAAAUACCAGCUUCUCAACCUUCUCGGCGUAGGCGCGUCCGCGAAGGUGUACCACGCGCGUGACGUCACAACGAAGCAGAGCGUGGCGGUGAAAGUUGUAAACAAGCGCAACCAAAACGGUUACACGGCGCACAUAGAGCGCGAAGUCUCUAUCAUGCGCCGGCUGCGCCACCCGCACACCGUCAAACUCUACGAGAUCCUCGCCACGAAAACCAAGGUCUACUUCAUCAUGGAGUUCGUCGCUGGCGGGGAGCUCUUUGCCUUAGUCGACGCAGCCGGACGUCUCACGGAGGAUCUCAGCCGGAGAUACUUCCGGCAGCUCGUCUCCGCCGUGAGGUACUGCCACUCCCGCGGCGUCUUCCACCGCGAUCUCAAGCUCGACAAUCUCCUCAUCGACGAGAACAUGGACCUCAAGGUCUCUGACUUCGGGCUCAGCGCGACCGGAAACCCGACCAGGCCGGACAUCAUGCUCCACACCGUUUGCGGCACUCCGGCUUACGUCGCGCCGGAGAUUCUCGCGAAGAAAGGAUACGGCGGCGCCGGUGCCGAUGUGUGGUCAUCCGGCGUCGUUCUGUUCGUGCUCGCCGCCGGGUAUUUGCCAUUCAACGACUAUAAUAUCACGAUUCUGUACAGGAAAAUCUACCGUGGCCAUUUUCGGUUUCCAAAAUGGAUAUCGAGUGAUCUGAAGAAUCUUCUAUCGAGGUUGUUGGACACGAAUCCCGAGACGAGGAUCACUCUAGAUGAAGUCAUGGUGGACCCGUGGUUCAUCCAUGGUGGAUAUAGUGACCCGUUUGUGCGACCCUAUGAGGUUGAAAGUGAGAACCGGGUCGGGUCAAAGACGGUUUUGAACGCGUUCGAUUUGAUAUCGUUUUCAUCCGGGUUUGACAUGUCGGGUUUGGUAUCCGACCCGGAGUAUUCGGAUCACACCGAGCGGUUCAUCAUUGCCCGAGAGAUGUCGGAGAGGGUGAUUAAGGAGGUGGAAGAGGCGGCGGAGAGGAAGAGAGUGACGGUGAGAAGGACGGAGGAGAAUGGUGGCUGUGGAGGGGAGAAGAUAGAGGGGUUAGAUGGUAAUUUUGUGAUUUGGGUCGGGUUUUACCAGUUAAUAACGGAUGGGUUGGUUGUGGUUGAGGUAAUGAGAAGAGAGACUAGAGUAGGAAGUAGUGCACUUUUCUGGAAAGAUGUAUUGAGACCCAAGCUUGUUUGCCUUAGCUCAUAA